UAAACCACCGCAGCAAGACAAGUAUGAUUGACCACGCACAUUUCUUUCAAAAUCACUUUGACGUCCGUCCCUAAGAAAGUUUGCUGGCCAAUCAGAAAGCAGACCUGGGGAGUCAUGUGAGCAAACUCCAGCGCCGAUUGGAGGGCGGCAAAGAAGAAAGCGAACUUUGGGGAGUUUUAUAGCUGGGAGAGCUUUGGGCUAUACGAGAGAGAAGGGAUUGUCGCAGAGACUCGGCGAAUGACAGACAGGAAAAGAAGCCAGGACGAGUUAAACUGAGAGGGCCUGGCAUUUGGAAGUUGUAUGGCCCCUUUACCCUCCACAAUGAGCUCUGUUCAAGGACCGCUUUCCCAAGAAGGUGAAGCACAGAAGCGCGCAAACGCGGACGCAGAAGAGGCUGAGAGCACCGACACAGCGGCGGCCAAAGGAUGUAAAAACAAGGCGUUCAGUCUUCCCUUUAGCGUGGAGUCUCUAAUCUCGGACAGAGUUACUUCCAGGACUUCAUAUUCCGCAUCCGACUCAGGGCUUAUAUCCCCUUCCGAGGAGCGAUCACAGCUCUCACCUAUGGCUCUUUACGCAGACAGGAAACUGCCGCUGGAGAGCGUCUCAAACUUAGCUGUGGGGAAAAGAGGAGACUCUGAGGAGAGACACGAGAAGGGACAGGGAGGAUGGUUUCAGACUCCCUCCUACGCCUCUCCGCCAAGACACUCGAGUCCGUCUCCAUGCGCACUCCGAAAACACAAGAACAACAGAAAACCCAGGACCCCGUUCACCACCUCCCAGCUGCUAGCUUUAGAGAGAAAGUUUCGCCAGAAGCAGUACCUCUCCAUUGCAGAAAGAGCGGAGUUUUCCAAUUCACUCAAUCUGACAGAGACACAAGUCAAGAUAUGGUUCCAGAACAGGAGAGCGAAAGCAAAGAGACUUCAAGAAGCAGAGUUGGAGAAACUGAAACUGGCCUCGAAGCCUCUGUUACCGGCGUUCGCCUUCCCCUUCCCGCUGGGAGCGCACGUGCCUUCUCCCGGGCUGUACGCAGCCUCGAGCUCGUUCCCGCGGCCCUCGCUGCCCGUGCCGGGCCUGUUCGGAGGACCUGUUACCUAUGGGAUGUAUUACUUGUCUUAAAUGUGUUCAGUGUCAUUAACUGCAAGACUGCUGUUUUUUUUUGUUUUUGUUUUCUUAAUUUUUGCCAGUCAUAAACGGACAAGUAAAAUGUCUGAGUAUGAACUUGAAAGCAGACAAACUGGCGCGAGCCUGUACACACAUUUAAGUCUGAGAGCGACAAUUAAGAAAUAUUAAAAUUAUAUAUAGAAAGGUUUCCGUGGUGCCCUCAACAUAAACAACCUGUGGCUUAUAGAGAAUACUAUUAACCCCUAAAAACCAGUCAAACCGUCAGGUCUGUAAAUCAGCAGCAAACUCGUUUUCAUUAAAAGUCAUCUUUGGGGAAAUCAGAGUUUCAGAUGAAGCCUGCAAUUUAACAUUUCAUUUCGGAACAAUAUAUAGACUAAAUGUUUAUAUACAAAUUAUAUAUAUAUAUAUAUAUAUAAUGUAUGUAUGUAUAAAAUUUGAAUACACGUCAGGUACCCCUAACUUGAAAUUAUUUUCAUAUAAAGUGAAAAUAUCACUAAGACUACAUUUGCAAUAAUUGCAGAGGUCUAGUCAUUUGCUUUGAGGAGUGUUUGGAGUGUUUCACUCGAGCCGAUGGUUUCACAGUGAAGGCUAUAAGGCUUCAUGGGUUUCCAUUCGCCCACACUGAUGACUUUUCAUUGGUUUUUCGUUUAGCCACAAUACCCUUGUGCUACAUGUACUAUGCUAUAGUUUGAUAGAUUGUAAAAUUAACCUCUAGACCUUUUUAAUAACUGUAAAUAAGCGUAUAUAUUAGCAUACAGCUAUUUUCAACUACAUCUGAAAUUACGAAUAGAAUUGAUAUUUAUAUACUGUGUUUACAUUUACCUCCUGUAAAUUAUUGUAUAUAUUUGUACAUAAAAAUAGAAAAAAAUAAUCUUUUGUAUUAAAAAAAUACAUUUUGAACAAGAUGAGUGUGCCUUGUUUUACUAGAGAUUAAACUGCAGACCCGAGCUGCAGGAUUUUAUUAUUAAAAUAAAGUCGGAAAUGAUGUUCACUACUAUUCCCAUGUUCAUUCACAUGCAUAUAGGUGUAAAAAAUCGUUUUGCUGUUUAGGGUAAACUUUAACCCAAUGCAUCGUAAAGAUCCAGGUAGUCUGUUACAGAUAUUAUUAAAUACGGGAACAUUUCGAGAAGGCGCAAUGCUGCAUGCUUUAAAAAGACUUUUAUUAUAGGCGACUAUUUGGAGUUUGAAAUUAUAAGCAGCAAACUGUUGCUAUUAAUAUGAAAACUAGUCACCUAUAUUAUUAAGUCUGAUAUAUAUCAGUAUGAGCUUUCUACUUAGUCAUGCAUUAUCCGUUAAUCCAAAUUAAUCUAAUCAUUACCAAAAUUCAAAUAAUUCGUUCUCAGAGUUUAAAUUUGGUCUUCAUUUGGGUUCGUUUUGAAAAGAAAACCUCAAUGGCAACACCAGUGCCUACUCUCAGCUUAGAUCCAGUUAAUUACACUCUAAAUC